UCGGGCUCAGCUGUCUGUUGGGUUGCUUGGAGCAAAACUGUAUCCCGCGGAAUAUAUUCUUACUGAAGUUCAAGAACGUUGCAUUAAAUCAAAUAUUUAAUUUUUUUUUCAAUCUGAAUCGGCCAUAAUGCUGGGAGUACAUGGUUCCUUGUGGCAAUCCACCUGUGUGUUUGUGUUCGCGACAUGCUCAAUUUUGGAGAUUGCAGCGUUGCCGGCGUCUACUCCCCUACCUCAAACCACCCACAUUGUCAGCUAUGUACACCAAGGCAGAGCCGGUGCUAAGAUUGCUGAAAUCAGGGAAUUUGACUACGAGAAAGUUCACAGCGUGGAUCAUGAACGCAAUGCUGCCAUACGUGUAACGGAGCGAUCAACACCCAUUUCCCAGUUAUAUGGGGCAUUUAUUGAGCAGCUGGACACGAGUCUAGAUAAUGGCUUCUCACGCACUCAUACAACUGAAACAAUUGACGUUUCCACAACGGAGUCGAUGAGUCAUACUGACGACUUACUUGUAACAAAACAAAACACAUUGGAGGACGCGGAUGACAUUUUUGGACGCAAUGAACAGCAUGAGUCACCUAAAUCUGUGAAUAACAAGAGUCAUCCCCAUGUCGGCGGUAUGAUGUGGAGUCGCACGAAACAAAGCAUUCCGGUUUUGGAACCUGUGCGUAUUCUUCUGAAUACGGUACGCGACCAGCACAACCAAACGGUACAUGCGGCUAGGCAACAUCAUCAACUGUUGAGCUCGAUGAUGGGUGGAAUGGCCGAUCACAUGUCCGCGAAUGAAUCAUCAGCAAUAGAGACAGAGGAGGACCGUGAAUCCGCCAACGAGAGCACAGAAUUCAAGUUACUUGACUUUGCUGGCAGCCUUGUUAGUAUGCUAUGGGGCUUUUUCGGUAAUCUGCAGCGCGCCUUUGCGGCUAGCAGUGGUAAUGCUCUGGCUUCCACCUCGUCCAGUUCUUCAGGUGGCCAGUAGGUAUGAUUGUGUAUUACUUUGUAGAGAAUGUAAUUGAUUUACUCAACUGUGAUUAACCAGAAAUUUCGGGUAUUACACGCAAUAUAGAACAUACAUACAUACAUAUACAUAUAUGUAUGUAUGUAUGUGUAUGCAUAGAUAUUUUAGCACAUUUAGUGUAAUUUAAACGAUAUCGAGAUAAAAGUUAAUACAUAUUAACACCAUUUUUGUUGUAAUAAAUUUAAAUUUGCUAUAUGGAACUUUAAA